AGCUUGGCGGGCGGCGAGGCGCCGUGGCGGGGGAGGCGGGGGGCCGGCCUGCGCGCGCAUGCGCCGUGGUAAAAGACCGGUACCUCGGGCAAGAUGGCUACCAGGAGUGUCGCUUCCCGCCUCCGGGGCUCCCGGCGUUUUCUGAGCGGCUUCGUGGCUGGGGCUGUAGUGGGCGCUGCGGGAGCUGGGCUCACGGCCCUGCAGUUCUUCCAGAGUCAGGGCGCUGAGGGAACGUUGACAGGGAAGCAGGCGGAUGGAUCUGCAGAAAAGGCUGUCUUGGAACAAUUUGGAUUCCCUUUAACUGGAACAGAUACAAGGUGUUACACUAAUCACGCUUUGUCUUAUGAUCAGGCAAAGCGGGUGCCUAGAUGGGUUCUUGAACAUAUUUCCAAAAGCAAGAUAAUGGGUGAUGCAGACAGAAAGCAUUGUAAAUUUAAGCCUGAUCCCAAUAUCCCUCCAACCUUCAGUGCCUUCAAUGAAGAUUAUGUUGGAAGUGGGUGGUCACGAGGACACAUGGCUCCAGCAGGAAAUAACAAAUUUUCAAGUAAAGCCAUGGCUGAAACCUUUUACCUUUCUAACAUUGUGCCUCAGGAUUUUGAUAAUAAUUCUGGAUAUUGGAACAGAAUAGAAAUGUACUGUCGAGAGCUGACAGAAAGGUUUGAAGAUGUUUGGGUGGUAUCUGGGCCUUUGACCUUACCUCAGACUAGAAGCGAUGGAAAGAAAAUAGUUAGUUACCAGGUGAUUGGGGAGGACAACGUGGCAGUCCCCUCACACCUUUAUAAGGUAAUCCUAGCCCGCAGAAGCUCAGUAUCUACCGAACCACUGGCGCUAGGGGCCUUUGUGGUACCCAAUGAAGCCAUAGGCUUCCAGCCCCAGUUAACUGAAUUCCAAGUGAGCCUCCAGGACCUAGAGAAGUUGUCAGGACUGGUGUUUUUUCCUCAUUUGGAUAGAACUAGUGAUAUCCGGAAUAUCUGCUCUGUGGACACCUGUAAGCUCCUGGAUUUCCAGGAGUUCACCUUGUACUUGAGCACAAGAAAGAUUGAAGGAGCCCGAUCAGUGCUCAGACUGGAAAAGAUCAUGGAAAACUUGAAGAAUGCAGAGAUUGAACCAGAUGAUUACUUCAUGAGUUGCUAUGAGAAGAAGCUAGAAGAACUCAAAGCUAAGGAGCAGUCAGGAACCCAGACAAGAAAGCCAUCCUAGUUUUUAUCUCAAGAUGUGUCAUAUCGUCUGUAAUGAAGCAGGUAUGCCCUCUUUAGGCUAACAUAUUUUAGUGGCUUUGCUUUUUGCUUUUUAAAAAAUGUUUCUCUUUAAGAGAUGUGGUCUCGCUGUGUCAUCCAGGCUGGAGUGCAGUGGUAGAAUCAUAGCUCACUAUAGCCUCAAACUUCUGGGCUUAAGCAGUCCUCCUGCCUCUGCCUCCUGAGCAGCUGGGACUACAGGCACACACCAUCACCCUCAGCUACUAGUGGCUUUGCUUUAAAGAAACAAUGGAAUCCUAAAUUUAUGACUAAAAAUUCCCCCAAAAGAUGAAAGAUCUACAAUGUUUUUGUCAGUAUUAUAUUUGACUCAGGAACUAAUUAUUAAGGGAGCUUUGACACCUGCAGAUGGAGGGCUGAUCUUGUGUCAAGUUAACAGGAAGACUGCCCACAGAUGACACUGCAUUUGUGUCCCUCUGGAUGUAGAGUAUUGGGAAGGCAUUUGUUUAGUUUCAUGCCUCCAAACCAUGCAUUGUCUUUGAUGUAUCUGCCCAGCCUUCUCAGAACUCAGUGUUGUACGUUUUUUCCCCUAGGAUCUGAACUGGUCUAGGAGGCAGCUUUUAGAAAUCCUCUAUGUAGUUUCUGUCCACAUGCACUGUAUAUUUGUUUCUUCUUUCUCCUUUCAUGAAUCUGCUCUUUCUUCUACUUCUGUCUACGUAGAAGCACUCAGCAACUAGUUUCUGCUCACUAAAUGUGUUCUGUAUACUAGGCCCAGUGCUUUA